GGACUUCCUGUUUCCUCUUUCCUCUCGCGGUCCUUGCGGCUCGGUGCACCGGAACUAUUCUUCGGGCUGCUGUAGAACGUCAGGAAGAGUCUAAAGAUUAGAUUGUAAGAAAAGAAAGUAGAAGCCAUGUUUCGAAGACCUGUAUUUCAGGUACUUCAUCAGUUUGUAAGACAUGAGUCUGAAAUAGCUAGCAGUUUAAUUCUUGAAAGAUCCUUGAAUCGUGUGCAGUUACUUGGGCGAGUGGGUCAGGACCCUGUCAUGAGACAGGUGGAAGGGAAAAAUCCAGUCACAAUAUUUUCUCUAGCAACAAAUGAGAUGUGGCGAUCAGGGGACAGUGAAGUAUACCAAAUGGGUGAUGUCAGUCAAAAGACAACAUGGCACAGAAUAUCAGUAUUCCGGCCAGGCCUCAGAGAUGUGGCGUAUCAGUAUGUGAAAAAGGGGUCUCGAAUUUAUGUUGAAGGGAAAGUAGACUAUGGAGAAUACACGGAUAAAAAUAAUGUGAGACGACAAGCAACAACGAUCAUAGCUGAUAACAUUAUAUUUCUGAGUGACCAGGCAAAAGAGAAGGAGUAGAAUGGAUGAUUCAACUUUGAGCCUCAUCUCCCAGAUUUUUCUUUCUUGUCUGAAAUUUGGACAUUUCAUGGCUGUAUCUCCAGUCAUCAUCUUGGACCAGGUGGCGAUCUUUAGGAUGGAAGAUAGAAGAAGCUGCGAUCUGGAAUCACCGUGGAACCACCACCAUUCUGGUCCUGGACAGUCUGCCUCCAGAGUGCUUUGGGAGACACAAAUAAACCUCUACUUUGUUUGAGCCACUUAUUUGUGUUUUGCAUUUAAGCCUAAUCCUUAAAAUUCACACACUCUUGCCUUUAUCUCCAAAUGCAUAAUCAAAACUUUGCUCUUAGUGUUCUCUUACAUGACCUUCUACUGCAAGUAGAUGUUAAAUUACCCCCGUUCCACAGCUUUUUAGGUUUUUAACUAUGUCUUAUUAAAUUGGAGAAAAGAACUGGAACAUAAAAGGUACAUAAAACCUUAGCAAUUAACACUUAAAAAGU